ACUCAAACUAUGAUUUUAAUUUCUACAAAAUAAAUAAUCUUAAAUUUCUUCCCAGGGGUUCCGAACCUGGGACUCGAACCCCCUCAACCCCACCCCGGCUGCUCCCCGGUCGCCUAUCUCAAGUGGAUUGAGGAAGUGUGGAGGGGGCGGAUAGUUUUGAUUUUCUCCACAUCUUGCUUAGCCAAUAACUGUUGUGCACAUCUCAGCUGGCAGACAUUUAAAAGGGAGACAGUCCGGCGCUGGAGCAAUUUGUAUUAAACCCCCUGGCCCCUGUCUAUGGAGUGCUUAGUCUUUCACCCACCCGCAACCCCUCCAGUGUACAGUCGACUGCCGUAGGUGCCGAUCACCUCCAAAGGUGACGUAGAGGAUUUAAAAGGAUCAGAUCAUCCUCUCUUUUUUUGGAGGCGUGGAUAGUCACCCAGGAUGGCUUUCUCGUGGCGCUUUUUCUGCGGUAUGGUUUUCAUCACUGGCUUGUUGUUCUCUCCCGUGGAGUCAAAAAGAAACCGAGGUUCACAGGGGGCAAUCCCUCAUCCUGACAAAAACAACCCGAACGAAUCGGAGCAGCAGCCGCAGCCUUCACAGGCGGGCUCCGGCUCCAGACAGAAGCCGGGCGCGUCCUCACCAGCUGACGAGGUGCUGGAGUCCAGCCAGGAAGCCCUGCAUGUGACGGAGCGCCAGUAUUUGAAACGGGACUGGUGCAAGACGCAGCCCCUCAAGCAGACGAUCCACGAGGAGGGCUGCGUCAGCCGCACCAUCAUCAACCGCUUCUGCUACGGACAGUGCAACUCCUUCUACAUCCCGCGGCACAUCCGCAGGGAGGAGGGGGCUUUCCAGUCCUGCUCCUUCUGCAAGCCCAAGCGUUUCACCACCAUGACGUUUACCUUGAACUGUCCGGACCAGCAGCCGCCCAGGAAGAGAAAGCGCAUCCAGCGCGUCAAGCAGUGCCGCUGCAUUUCCAUAGACCUGGAUUAAAGACGCGCCAGUCCUCUUGUGUUUGGAGGAGAGCGCGCGCCUGUCUCUGCGCAGAGACAAAAAAAAAAAUACUAAAAGGUUGGACGGCAACACGUCACUGCAUGGAGACGCGGACUUGGAAUGGGCACAUUUUUACGCACGGCUUCUGUACAUGCUUCCCUCUGUUCAUGCAACAAAAAUGACUGAUAUCUGUAGGGAUUUUUUAAAAACUUACUGCUCCAAACUCUCUUUAUGAACGGAAAUUGUUUCAGUCCUGUAUUUUACACACAUAUUUGUAGAACUGGAUGUUUCCACUGUGUGGAAUUUUUGACGAAUGAAUAUUUGAAAAUAAAAAUGUGAUUUUCUUUUUUUAUUAUUAUUAUUAUGUUUCAAGAAUCUUGUAAGGUUAAUGAUUUCUGUAAAUUUCGAACAUAUUUUUUAAUUGCAUUUCUUGGGAAAUACUCAUAAAAAAUACUCAUUCUCCUAAAAAUAUAGAGAUAUUCUUUUGUUAGUUUAUGCUGACAAUGUACAGUGCUGGUUUGCCAAAACCCAAAUAAACUGUUGAUUUACU